CAGGAUGCUGGUAACAGAGUUCUGCCUGAUGCUGACCUGCCUCCAGGUCAGCCCUGACCGCUCCCAGUUCUUCCGGUACGACUCAGUCGCCCUGAGCUGCAAGGAUCCGAUCAACUCCACCGGCUGGAAGGUGAAGAGAAGAACUUCAGACGGCGGGGUCAGGCCGUGCAACUCCGGCUGGGGCUACCCCUCGGUGGCGUCCACCUGCACCAUUGGCAACACCUACCCCACCGACACGGGGGUCUACUGGUGUGAGCUGGACACAGGGGAGCGAAGCAAUGAGGUCAACAUCACCAUCACAGAUCGCACAGUGAUUCUGGAGAGUCCUGCCAUGCCGGUGUCAGAAGGAGCUGAUGCGGUCCUGUACUGUAAAGCUGAGACCAACCCCUCCAAACACAAAUACAACUUCUUCAAAGAUGGCCGCCUCAUCAGGAGCAACUGCUCAGGAGAGAUGACCAUUCUCAGCGCUUCCAAAUCCGAUGAGGGGCUCUACACCUGCAGCGCCGCAGGGCUUGGAGAAUCAGAAAGCAGCUGGCUGACGGUUUUCAGUGACCAAAACAAUCAAGACAUCCAAUUGACAUCUCUGUCACCAGCAUCUUCAGCUUUGCCCACAGCCCCAGUUUCAUUUCCUGGUUCCAGACUGUUGUGUCACCUCAUAGUGGGAAUACCUUACCUGUUGUCCACCAUCCUACUGGGACUCAUAUACAGAGACAGGAGGAGAGCUACUCAGGUAGUUGCAGCCCAGAGGAAAAAUCUUGAUGUUAUCAUGGAAAGGAUUGUGUGAGUAAUCUCCAGAAGCCGCUGACCUCAGAGAAGAUGAUGUGCGUCCGACCACAUCGGUUCAGAGAAAUGUCUCCAGCAUUCAGGAAAAAACAAAUCGAGAUUUCUUUGGUGCUCAAGUAGAUGUAUUUAUUUUAUGAGAAGUUUCAACAGGAGAGGACAGUUUUGUCUUUAAAUCUAGAGUUUUGUUUUACAGUGAAGCAGAAUCAAGAUGCAUAAGUGGUGACUGUGAAGAGGAAGUGGAAAUGUCACUGAUGUUUGCUUUUAAAAGGUGCCUGUGGUUUUGGCUGCAAAGUCACUGUCAUCAGCUUUUUGUCCGGCCUUUGCUUAAAAGGCUGGGGGUGUUUUCUU